AAUAACACGUAUAAAACAGCACUUCACAUGUUUUGUUUCAUAUCAUCUUUCUCUCUCUCUCUCUAAACAUGGCUGCCAGUUUAACAACCCUUCAAUUUCCUUCCCCAUAUCUCAACACUCCCACCACCAAAUUCAAACUCAAAUCCCCCAAAUCAUAUGGGGUUUCGCGGAGCUGUGGGAUUAAAUGCUCGUAUUCGAAUGGGAGGAAGCCGGAUUCCGGUGAGGAGAAGAGUGGGAAGAAGGUAGAGAUGACACCGGAGGAGAAGCGACGGGCGGAGUUGUCGGCUCGAAUCGCUUCGGGUGCGUUUACGGUUGAACAGCCAAGUUUAGGAUCGUUGUUGGUUAGCGGUUUGGCAAAAUUAGGCGUGCCAUCGAAUAUUCUUGAACCUUUAUCAAAUUUGAUAAAUUCUGGUGAAACUUAUCCCAAAAUUCCAGAAGCAAAAGGCGCAAUUAGUGCCAUUCGAAGUGAGGCGUUUUUUAUCCCCUUGUAUGAGCUUUUUCUUACAUAUGGUGGAAUUUUCAGGCUGACUUUUGGUCCCAAGUCGUUCCUGAUUGUUUCUGAUCCCAACAUUGCAAAGCACAUAUUAAAAGACAAUGCAAAGGCGUAUUCAAAAGGUAUAUUAGCUGAAAUUCUAGAAUUUGUAAUGGGAACGGGACUAAUUCCAGCUGAUGGGGAGGUCUGGCGAGUUAGACGACGGGUUAUAGUCCCCGCAUUACAUCUUAAGUAUGUAGCAGCAAUGAUUGGGUUGUUUGGAGAAGCAACCGAUCGCCUAUGCAAGAAACUUGACGAUGCUGCGUAUAACGGCGAAGACGUAGAAAUGGAAUCACUUUUUUCACGUUUGACAUUAGACAUCAUCGGGAAAUCAGUAUUUAAUUAUGAUUUUGAUUCCUUGACGACGGAUAAUGGGAUUGUGGAGGCGGUAUACACGGUUUUGCGAGAAGCAGAGGACCGAAGCGUCUCACCUAUUCCAACUUGGGAGAUUCCGAUAUGGAAAGAUAUCUCCCCGAGACAGAAGAAGGUUAAUGAAGCUCUUAAGCUAAUCAACACAACGUUGGAUGAUUUAAUUGCAAUAUGCAAGAGGAUGGUUGACGAAGAAGACGUACAGUUCAAUGAGGAAUACUUAAACGAAAGUGAUCCAAGUAUUCUCCAUUUCUUGCUGGCAUCAGGAGACAAUGUGUCGAGCAAGCAACUAAGGGAUGAUCUGAUGACGAUGCUUAUUGCAGGACACGAGACAACUGCUGCAGUUUUGACAUGGACCUUUUAUCUUCUUUCCAAGGAACCCGAGAUCAUGUCCAAGCUUCAAAACGAGGUUGAUGCGGUUCUAGGUGAUAGGUUUCCAACCAUGGAAGACAUGAAGAAACUUAAAUAUACAACUCGAGUCAUUAACGAGUCCUUGAGGCUCUACCCACAACCACCUGUUUUGAUACGCCGUUCCAUUGAAGACGAUGUCCUUGACAAGUAUCCAAUUAAGAGGGGUGAAGACUUGUUCAUCUCUAUUUGGAAUCUUCAUCGCUCUCCUACUCAUUGGGUAGAUGCAGACAAGUUUAACCCCGAAAGAUGGCCUUUAGAUGGACCAAAUCCCAAUGAAAGCAACCAAAACUUCAGUUACUUACCUUUUGGUGGUGGACCAAGAAAAUGCGUCGGUGACAUGUUUGCUUCAUUUGAGGCAAUAGUUGCAGUCGCGAUGCUUGUUCGUAGGUUCAACUUUCAAAUGGCACUAGGUGCACCACCAGUGAAAAUGACGACUGGGGCAACAAUUCACACAACCGAAGGUUUGAACAUGACAGUAACACGAAGAAUGAAGCCGCCAAUCGUUCCUACCUUAGAAACACAAAAUCUGGGAUCUUCUGCGAACAUUCCGGAAGCUGAUCCAGUAGUUACUUAGAAAGAUGAUGUACCUUCAAUCUCAUUCUUUCCAUCUACACUAUAUGAUACAAAAUAGGAAGAACAACAAAAAAAAAAAAAAAAACAGAACAGUUCUAGUUUCAUAGCGCCACGAGAAUGAAGCGCGUCGAGUACAUGUCGCAGUAGAAUCGUUUACGGGUGAAUGUGGAUUUGGUUUUAUAGUUUAUAUAUGUAACAUGAUAUCUAUAAUCAUUCAUCUGCGGAUUUAUUUAACACUUGGUGUGUUGUUUGCA